UGAAUGUUAAUUUCAAAGAUGGCGGCGGAGGGAGGAGGGAAGGAGAUGAACGAAAUCAAAACUCAGUUCACUACCCGGGAAGGCGUCUACAAACUCCUCACUCACUCCGAAUACAGCCGUCCGAACAGAGUGCCUUUCAACGCGCAGGGCUCCAUCCCGGUCAAGGUCUCCUUCGUCAACGUCAACGAUCAGUCUGGCAACGGCGACAGGAUCUGUUUCAAUGUGGGCCGUGAGCUCUACUUCUACAUCUACAAAGGCGUCCGAAAGGCCGCCGACCUGAGCAAGCCCAUAGAAAAGCGCAUCUACAAGGGAACACAGCCCACUUGUCAUGACUUCAAUCACCUCACCGCCACGGCUGAGAGCGUUUCGCUGCUGGUGGGUUUUUCCGGUGGACAAUUGCAGCUCAUCGACCCUAUCAAGAAGGAGACGAGCAAGCUCUUCAAUGAGGAGAGACUAAUAGACAAGUCCAGGGUGACGUGCGUGAAGUGGGUCCCCGGUUCGGAGAGCCUCUUCCUUGUGUCGCACGCUAGCGGGAACAUGUACUUGUACAACAUGGAGCACACGUGCGGCACCACGGCGCCCCACUACCAGCUUCUCAAGCAGGGCGACAACUACUCUGUGCACACCUGCAAGAGCAAAUCCACGCGGAACCCGCUUCUCAAAUGGACGGUGGGCGAAGGCGCCCUCAAUGAGUUUGCCUUCUCCCCGGACGGCAAGUUUCUGGCGUGCGUGAGCCAGGACGGCUUCCUGCGCGUGUUCAACUUCGACGCCGUGGAACUCCACGGCACCAUGAAGAGCUACUUCGGCGGCCUGUUGUGCGUGUGCUGGAGCCCCGACGGCAAGUACAUCGUGGCAGGAGGCGAGGACGACUUAGUCACCGUCUGGUCUUUUCUGGACUGCCGGGUGAUCGCUCGUGGCCACGGCCAUAAGUCAUGGGUAAGCGUGGUGGCCUUCGACCACUACACCACCAGCGUGGAGGAGAGCGACCCGUUGGAUUUUAGCGGCAGCGACGAGGACUUCCAGGAGCAGGUGGUCAAUUCGGGGCGGGACCGCGCGAACAGCACGCAGUCGCGCCUCUCCAAGCGCAACUCCACAGAGAGCCGGCCCGUCAGCGUCACGUACCGAUUCGGCUCGGUGGGUCAGGACACUCAGCUGUGCCUGUGGGACCUCACCGAGGACAUCCUCUUCCCGCACCUACCGCUCUCACGGACGCGGACGCACACCAACGUCAUGAACGCGACCGUCCCGGCGACCGUCCUCACUCCGAGCACGACCGCCACUAACGGAAGCACCUGCGGAACCAACACUCCCGGCGUGAACUCCGUUUCCACGACACUACCGCGUUCUAACAGCCUACCCCAUUCCACCGCGUGCACCACCAGCACGACGACAACCACGACGAAUAACUCUAACAAACCCGGCGGCGGCAUCAUGGACAGCGCCGUCGCCACGGGCGUCAGCAAGUUCGCCACGCUGUCGCUGCACGAGCGCAAGGAGCGCCACCACGAGAAGGACCAUAAGCGCAACCACAGCAUGGGGCACAUCAGCAGCAAAAGCAGCGACAAGCUCAACGUGCUGACCAAGAGCAAGGCGGACGCCGCCAAGACUCUGGGCACGCCGCUGUGCCCGCGCAUGGAAGACGUGCCGCUGCUCGAGCCGCUCAUCUGUAAAAAGAUAGCGCACGAAAGGCUGACUGUGCUCAUAUUUUUAGAGGACUGCUUAGUGACUGCUUGUCAGGAGGGAUUUAUUUGCACAUGGGCCAGGCCGGGCAAAGUGGGUUUAUUGUCCUCCCCAAAGCAAGCCAGCUGUCCUAAUGGAACAAUAGUAUAGUCCACAACACAAUAUACGUUCUGCUGCUAAAGAAAAAAACUCCACAGGCUGAUGCUGCUCUUCGCUUCCUCUGCGAGUGUUGCAAGUUUUCCUUUUGAAUUUUAUUCUAGAUUUUCUGCAUGUUUUCAAGUUCACACUCCACCAACGUGUGAUCCGGCCUGCCAUGUAGGGGUGUUACGAUACGUUGAUCUGAUUGUUUGGUUCAAGGGACAGAUGACAUUUAAAAGUCUUGCUUGAAUUAUUUAAAUACACCCAUUUUUUUUUUUAACAGAAAUAAUGGAGAAAAUAUUUAAACACAGGAAAUGACACUACUUAAGAGUAGGAGUGUAACAAUAUGGCGGAAAACACUUAGGUGACUUGAAGUUCCGCUCUGAGACCCUCAAUUUGGCCAACUUUCAGAAUUGUCCGAAAUGCAUGUGUGAUACAUCAUUGGAAAGCUUAAAAUCUCAAUUUUCUGGGGGAACAAAAAUUUUGAACAGGAAGGCAUUUUAAAAAAUAUAUUUAUAUAUAUAUAUAUAUAUAUUUUUUAACAGCAAAACCCUAAUAAACCCUACUCACCAACGUCACAGAAUGACGUGUCGCUGUAUCCGGCCGCCAUAUUGUCCGUCAUUGUUUAUCGGUAUUCUCAAUGGUUUCAAUUUGUCGUGCAAUUUAUAGUGCAAUUCAUGGAAGCCCCGGUGCUUUCAGACGCUGUAAACUCAUUCGAUACGUUGCAAAAAAGGCGUUAUGUGGAAAAGCUUCAGUCUAUCCAUUCGCCAGAUCCAUAUUUGAAGCCUAAAUCGAUAUUUUUCGACCCCGCUGUCUUCGCCCUCUCUGCCUGACAUCUGCUACCCUGAUAUCUACUACUAUCUUGUCCACAGAAACUCAGCCUUUUCUCAAGAAACUUUGAAAAACUUUAAGAGCACCACUCUAACCAACAUUACCCCAUGUGACCCUUUACUUCCAAUUUUCUAAAAUGGUGACAAUCAAUAAAAAAAAGUUGACUGCGAUGGCCGACGCUUCAAGGAUAGGUGGAUAUUGGACAAUUUCUUCAAUAAAACACGCAACAACCGUGUCUGCCUCAUUUGCAAAGAGAGAGUCGCUGUUUUCAAAGAGUUCGAUGUGACGCGAUAAUGAUAUUACCGAACAAGACAUGCUGACAUGUACGACAUUACAGGGAAGCAGGGGUCGCGUUAACCGAAUAUUUUCUGUCGUUGACCGGUUUUUUAAAACGGUGACCGAAAAAACUGAAGUCUGUCCGUCAUUUUGACAGGUUGCAAUUCACACCCCAGACCACAGGGUGGCGAGUGAGCACAUUAAUUAGCUAUUGUCUCUCUUAAUGCAUGACGUCGUUGGCUAUUCUGUCAGAAUAUUGUAGCGUCACCGGGGUCUGGCGGCGGCACCGUGAUUGACACAUCAAAGCGAGGUUCUUAUUGGUGCACCCGGUGUGCCAGCGCGUCAUCCAAUUGGUGGACUAGAUUGCCGCCUGUGUAUAGACCCCAAUCACAUGACGUCACAACUCCGCUCCCCUGACUGGAGCCGCCAUAUUGUGUGUAAGCUCGUCGUGUUUACACAUUACCGCUACGUACAUGCCUCUUAUUACGGUGUGUUUUCUGCGCGUUAACAUUAAUAAUCAAAAUGGUGAAGGCGUGUGUGGCGGUUGGUUGCAGUAACAGAGAAGAUAGACGGAGAGACUUGAAGUUCUACCGUAUUCUGAGAGACCCGAAGAGGAGAGCGAGAUGGACUGCUGUAAUUCGACAAGAAAUAUGGCCACCAAACGAUCACCACAGACUAUGUAGUAGUCAUUUUAUAUCUGGUAAGAUGCAUUUAAUAUAUAUUUAGAAGAUUUUGGGCUGACAACCACAAUUAAGAUCAUUGUGUGACGUUGGUGAUUGGGGUCUAUAUAGUUGCCUCUUUUUCUUCGGGGCGUUGUUUUGUUGGUGUUGUUGGCGGUAAGCAGAGUAAAAAGAGGGAGAAAAAUACCACGACUUCCGUGUCAAAUUUUUCGCCGCCAAGCAAGCGUUACAAUAUUAAUUAAAAAUGAAUGAAAACUAAAUACUAUUGAAUAUGUCAUCAUUAUCAUUUUAAAAAUUUAAGUGACGGGUAAAAAUAGAUUAUGACCGGAUUUUUAUGACCCUGUCAGUCAAAAUGACGGACAACGAAAGUGUCUAGUGCAACCUCUGCAGGGAAGAUACGCAGCGAGAAAUUAUAGCAACUUGAAGCGAGUUUAAUUUCAAAGCAGUAGUAUUUCGCAAGAGCCCGAGUGUCGAAAGAGAACGCCACAAAGACGAAACUGUUGAAAUUAUUGAUUAAAAAAAAUAAUAAAGCAAAUGUGACACACAGAAGGGCUUGCUAAAAUUUGUUUAAAUAUAUUGUUCUAUGUAAAUCAGCCAAGGUAGCCCCCCGCAUUUUUACCACACCAAAUCUUGCCCCCUUUGCAAAAGGCUUGGACACACCUGUUUAACUUCUUUCACUUGGUACCAGCUAAAUAUUAUUCAAAAAAUAAUGAUGGUGCAAGAAAUAAGCGAGAUAACGAGAUAUUAUCUGUUUCGAUCCAAAAACUUAAUGUAGCAUGUAUCACCGAGUGUCAAGACACAGCUGUGAAUGGCCACAGCUGGAUUUUUUUUAAUUUCAUGGGUGAAACAUGGUGAUAUAACAAAGGUCGCGAUGCAGAAAUCGCAGUCAACACUGAGUGGUUGAGAUUUUCUUUUUCAUAUAGUUACCCUUUUGAACGUAAUUUUUCAAUAUUUUUUUGUUUGGAUCGAUUAUCAUCUAACAUAUCGGGGAAAAUGCGACGGUAGCAAAAAAAAAAAAAAAUACAAGUAAGCGAUAGUUAUGAGGUAGAUAUCCGUGACUUUUUUACAGACGCCAAAUUUUUCAUUGUGACGUAAUUCGUUUAAAAGUUUAAAAUAUGGGAGUGAAUAAUUUUUUAAAGUCUUUUUUUUUUUUUUAAACUAAAAUUUAGACGUCAAUUAAUGAUUCUAAGCUAAAAAUGACAGACAUUUUGAAUAAUAUAAUUCUUUUAAUGGCUAGGUUGAAACAAAAGUGGUUGCGCGACAUCUGUAAACGGGGGUUUUUGGGGUAAAACGGACAGAUUAAAAAUAGUUUGGAGGCUUAGUGUGCCAUGAAUCUGCUAUGGCAGCAUAUAGACAUAUUGUUCUAUCAAACACAACAGUUCUUUUGGCUUAAAAUACAGCAGUUUAUUUUAAAGAGGGGUGCAAGAGCAGAAACUGCUUUUUCAAUCUUGUCUGUGUUUUCCGCCAUAUAUCGAAAAGGUGAUAGUUGUGAAAAAAAAUUAGGACACCCCGUUAAAUAUUCAGUUCUUUAUCAAGAAGUGCUCACAUACUCAUAGGCGGAUCUACUAAUCAGGCGAGGUAGACGAUCGCCUUAGGCCCCCAACCAGUAGGGGGCCCCCAACCAACUGCCCUUGCCCGGAUGAGCAACGGCUUGGGCCACCAGAGCCAGCAGCACCCCCAACUAUUCGUCAUGUGUAAUUAUGUCAGCAUACCAAACAAACAAAUAACAAAACGAAAAAAGAAAGCAAUUUGAAUGCUGCAUUUAUAUCAUCCCCCCCCCCCCACACACACACACACACACACACAUGCACUACAAUGGACUGUUCCACGACGACGGACUGAGUAUCAGUCGCUUAGCUUCAUUUAGUGCCGUUUAGCAUCGCUGAGCUCCGCUUAGCUGUUCGUUAGCUUCACUUAGCUCUCCCGCGGUUUUCACGCCACUAAGCUCGCUAUUUUUACAGCUCACUUGCUACUUUGCACGUCGGCUAUCGUUUAUUUCGAACACAUGAGCGAACAUGCUCUCCAUGAGUGCCAAAAUGCACUGACGGAGAAGUUGAGAACAGGCCUCUAAUGCCUCUUUUAACUUUCUUCUUCUUCACCCGAACAUAAAAUACACGACAGCACACCCUGUGGCGAAACAAUGUAGUACAUUUCCAAUCAGUCAGACGAUAACACUCAACAGCUGGUUAACAGCAAAAAUAUAAAUAAUGAUUUCUGGAGUUAAUCCAACAUACUUCAGAAUUAAUAUUAUAAUAUGUUGAGUAAAUACCACAUAAUACAGAUUCUUCACUAAGAAUAGCUUUCAAAUGACACUCUUCAUGACAAAUAGGAUUGGCAAUGAAUAAUUAUUAUAAUUAUUAGGGUUGUUCCGAUCAUGUUUUUUUGCUCCCGAUCCCGAUCGUUUUAGUUUGAGUAUCUGCCGAUCCCGAUAUUUCCCAAUCCGAUUGCCUUUUUUUUGCUCCCGAUUCAAUUCCAAUCAUUCCCGAUAAUUUUUCCCGAUCAUAUACAUUUUGGCAAUGCAUUAAGAAAAAAAUGAAUAAAACUCGGACUAAUAUAUACAUUCAACAUACAGUACAUAAGUACUGUAUUUGUUUAUUAUGACAAUAAAUCCUCAAAAUGGCAUUUACAUUAUUAACAUUCUUUCUGUGAGAGGGAUUCACGGAUAGAAAGACUUGUAAUUCUUAAAGGAUAAAUGUGACUUUGUAUAUUGUGACUAAAUAUUGCCAUCUAGUGGAUUUUUUUGAGCUUUCAGUAAAUGAUACUGCAGCCAUUUAACUUCUGCCCAAAUGCAUGAUAGGAAGUGCAACCAUGACUGUGCGUAAUGGUACCAAUUGAUAUAUCUUCUCAGCGUUGGGAAAUAAAAUAGGGUGUUAAGAAAAAGAUCAACUACUACCUUUCUUCCCCACAUUGCUUCCCACGAUAUUUCUAAUCAUUGAGAGAGGGAUUGUAAGGCUUUAGCCAAUAAAAAAAGGCUUCACAAGGCUGCCAAAAUUCUCUCUACUCAUUUUACGUUUACUUUUAGCUCUAUGUAUAUGUAAUACAGUGCCAUUAUAGAGUGAACGCAUUUUAAUGUUAUAUCCGCCGUUGACGCAAUAAAUUUGACAGCCCUACUUUUAGCCAAGACUAAAGACUCUGGAUGAGUGUAAGGCAUUUUGUCUGUAAUGUUAUAUACAAUUAGAAAACAAUUUAAUUAAACAAUAUAUAAUAUAUAUAUAUAUUAAAAAAGGCAUGUCCGAUUUUUUUUUGCUGAUUCCGAUACUUUGAAAAUGACGUGAUCGGACCUGAUCGAUCGGCAUCCCGAUCGAUCGGGACAUCUUUGAUAAUUAUUAUACUACUAUUAUAUAUAGUAUUACACUAUAAUAAUGUUGCUAGAAUUUUUUUUUUUUUUAAGAAUUGUUUUGAAUAAUGUUGGAAAGGCAAAGUCAGUGUUCUGAAUCUGUUUACUUUCCACUCUUUUGCACUAGUAAAUGCUAUCAGCAUUUAACCUCAUUGUUUAUUUGUGAUUAAUUAUUGUUAUUUACAUGAUUAUUUGUACUUUAAUAAAGAAUUUAAGUGUUCCAAAAUAGUUUUGUGAAUUAAUAAGCGUCAGCAAAAAUUGCAUUGCUAAAUUAGUAAAAAAAGAAAAAAAAAGAAAAAGAACAUUAUUAGAUUAGUCGAUUAAUCAUAAAACUAGUCGGCUGACGAAUCAGGAGAAAACUUGUCGUUUAGGACAGCCCUAGUGUAUCAGAACAUAUUUCCUCCACGCCCUUCUCACCUUUUUAACCCCUGGCCCAUGAAGAGGGCCCCUGGAUAUUUUCGCCUUAGGCACCAAAAUUGCUAAGUCCGCCAAUGCACAUACUGCAUGUCCAUAGGGCUUCCUAAUUUUUUCACAUGACUGUAUAUCGUGAUGCUUUGUAGCCAUAAGUGUUAUCGAUAUAAAAUAAAAUCGAUAAACGAUAAAAUCAUUUGUUAUUAUUCACAGCCAAUAACAAUUGCAGUCAAAUGUAAUACUCCACAACUGUCGAUUACGAUCAAGCUGGUCAGAAAAGUGGCAAUCACGGCCUGACCAAAAUCGAGAUGUCCCGGAUCGUGCGGUCAAGGUGUUAUCUGUCUCUUUUAAGCAACGAUCAGAUCGAAAUAAAACCACAUGGUCAUCUUUUAGGAACCCCAGAUUUUCAUUCAAUGUCUGAAAUGUUUCAGGAACAGUUGUCAAAAACAAACACCCUAAUGUAUGACAAUAAGCAUACCUUUUUGUUUUAAGAAUAGGAAAAAGGUUCCCCAUGCCUGCCUUAAAGAGGAAGACUGCAUCAAUGGGGAAAAAAAUGGUGCAAUGCGGACUGUUGCUCUUACUGUAUUUUUACUCAUUUUUACUUUAUUAAAACCUCUUUCUAUUGUGUCAAAGCUCACCCUGAGUGGAUGGUUGCAUAACACAUUUUAUUUUUGAAACUACAAGUGUAGCCUAGACUGCUCAGGGGUUAUUCAAAUUUGAGUCGAGCUAUUUUUUUCCCCGUUUUUGGUGACGAUCAAGCGAGCAUCUGGGAAAGUUGCAUCCCAUGCGUCUGUCUACACAAUGACUUUUGCACUGAUUUUUUUUUGUAUUACUACUACUACUCUAAUGGGAAAAAAAGAGGGCAUGGGACUCUUUACGGCCUCAUCCCCAUCCCCCCCAAAACUGGAUGCUGCAAUUAGUCUUUUUAAAGAAAAAGAAGAAAAAAAGUUUGCACUUAAAUAUGUUUAUUAGAUGCGGAAAAAAAUGGCUUUACAUGUUUUUGUGCUGUGCUCACAACUCACAGAUGGCUAAUACGUUAGAGAGAAAAACUAUUAAAAUCCUAUCUAUUGAGCAUUUAUUUUAAUAUUGUGUUCAGAUUGAAAUGUGCUCUGUAUCAUACUGUGUAUAUUGUAAUUAAUUGAUUUGAUGACGGGGAGGGUUGGGGAGGACACAUUUAACAUUUCUCCCGUGGGAGGUUUUGCCAUGGAUAGUUAUAUUUCUAAAGCCUAAAGUAUACAUAUUAAUAAUAUUAAAAAUAAUCUUGAAUACACCGUUUCCCUCUUUUUCUUUAUUCAAUCAAUAUAAACAUCUUUGAUAUAAAAAGAUGUUCCAGAAUGUAUCAUGUAAUAAUGUGUGGAACAUGAAAAGUAACGUCAGUUAUUUUGCUGAGUAACUAAAUUACUUUUAGGGAGAAGUCAUUUGUAACUGUACCAUAAUUUUCUGACUACAAGCCACUACUUUUUUUUCCCCCCGUCAUUUUGAAUCCUGUGCCAUAGACUUCAUAAUGAUAUUGACGGGACACAGUCCCAAGACACUGCGCCACGCCUUCCAGUAGGGGGCCGUUCCACACUCCGGUUCGGUCGGUCAAAGUCAGUCGCAGUUAAUCUCAAACUAAUGCAGCGAUGAAACGCCGGAUUUAGGUUGUAAAAUUAUGAAAACUGUACCGCAUACAAACAAGAAGGAUUGUCUCAGGAGUGAUUUGUUCGAGGAUUCAAGGUAAUUAUAUUUUUCGUACCAUGCAUGCAUUUUGAAACGUGCAAAAAAAAUGGGAGAAAUUCGCCCGCCACGGCAUUGGCGUCAUAAUUUGCAAUAUUUACGUAAAAUGCUAACUGCCCGUUUUUUUUGUUUUGUUUUUUUUUUGCUUUUCACCAAGAAUCGAGACUGUUUUCCUUUGAUAUCUUUAAAGAAUUCAGGGAUUUAAGCAUUUAUUUGCAAGAAUUUUCAACGUAAAAACCUCUUUGUGGUGAUAUGGCGGCACCACAGUGGCUAAAAGUCUAUCAGCACAUUUGACAUGGUUACAUUAAAUGCUAACUUCCCGUUUUUUUUUUUUUAUUAUUAUUUAUUUUUUUUAACCAAGAAUCGAGACCGUUGUAUGUCCAUAUCCAUAAAGAAUUAAGGGAUUUAAGCAUUUAUUUACAAGAAUUUUCAAUGUAAAAAGCUCUUUGUGAUGAUAAGGCGGCGCCACAGUGGCUUAAAGACUAGCAGCACAUUCAACAUAUUUACAUAAAAU